GUGGGGACACAAGGAGACAUGGGAGGGCUUUGUGCUGGGGGGUGAUCGCUCCAUCCUGCCUUGUCCCCGCAGGCUCCUGAAGUGGCAGCAGGAGGAUGCAGAGGGGCUGGACCUGAGCUCAGGGGUGCCUGGUCUUUAUCAUGAUAAGGGGAAGAGCAUACCUCUGGGACACUGAGCUCAAAGAUUUCCCACAUGAAUGCACAAAUCCAGACCAUGCAGUUACUAUAUGAACAGGCUAGAAGCAUCCUCUAAUUCCAAUCUUGUUCCCAUCACUCAAAGCACUUUUGAAUACAAAUAUUCAGAAUAAUGUUCAGAGUUACAUUCAUGUGUGACUGACACCUACAAAACAUUCCCAUUACCUGGAAGCACCUGUUCAGGAUUCCUGGAUCUGACUGGUUUACAUCACCAAGGGGUUCAGUUCUUAAAGUACAGCAAAUGUACUUCAGCAAAUUCUUUUUUAACCUCAUCAGUGCAGGCAACCUCUUCCUUCUCCCAAGAAAAUUAAAAAUGUGUUUGUUAACUUCACAACAAAGCCUCAGUGUAAACUGAAAUUUAACUCGAUUUCCCUCCCUAAAAUUGCAUUUUCAGGAUAUUUCAAUUCCAUAUUUAGAUGUCAAACAAGUUCGUGCUGCAACAGGUAUCAUCUAUUUGUUUGCAUUAUUUCUUUCUCAUUUCUGUACAAUGUUAGGAUCAGAGCAGAAUCUUCUCCAGUCUCUGGCAAAUAAUUCCAUCUUGGAUUGAUUUUGAAGAGAAAUCCUCUGGUGAAUCACAGAAAAAAUUCCACCUCUACAGGUAUGAAGAGAUGCUGGCUUUCGGCAGAGACGUCUUGAAGUUUGCUGGGGUGCUGUGCUGGUGUUAUGGAGGACAACAGCCAAGCAGGUGUCGAGGACCCUCAGCUUGGUGCUGCAAUGCAGCCAGCAGGUCCAGAAGAAGUGUGGGAGUUGUGACAACAAUGUGGGUCAGAAACUCCAACUGAAGAUAGGUAUAGGCACUGUGCCAGGCACAGAUCCGUGGCACUUUCCUGUGCCUCAGGGUGCUUCUCAGUGGCAGGGAAUGUGGGGGUCCCCACUGGGGUUAGUGCCAAAGGAAAGCAUCUCCUGCAAGAAUCCAAGGGGCCAGCUGCAAUCGGAGUGGGGAUGGGACACCAGGACUGCUGGCUUUGCAUGUGUGUGCAGAUGCAAAGGAAGCUUAAAGGCAAUGUGGGUCUCAGCUCAAAUAUUAGGGCCUUUGAAUGUCUGCAGGAGGUAGCAAUCCUUUCAUUUUUUUCAGGUGGGAGCAGCUUGAUCUCCUUUCCCCUGCUGCAUUCUCUCCUCCCUUUGGAAAAGGGGAACUGCUUUGCUUAUGGCUGUGAGAAGGGUUUUUGCAGGCUGUUAUGUCUUCUGAAGCAGACAGCUGCAACCUGCCUGCAUGUCAAUGGAGAAGGUGGUGAUCAAGCCCCUUACCUUGCUGGACUUCUGGGGCAGGCAGCUGGGUCAGAUGCCCAGCACUCUCAACACAUUGUGAAUGCCGACUUCAUUUGCCUAUUUCUAGACACCCAUUUCAGGGCCUGUCUUCCCACUGGGCUUCCAAUUAGCUUCUGAAUAGCUGAGAUGCUGGGGACGUAAAGCAAAAAAUGUUCCUUGUGCCAGUUCUGCUUCACCCUCUGUCUCUCACCGUGGUCUCUGCGGGCCCAUGAGCCUCCUGAGUGUCGGGGAUGGCUCGCGGCAUUACUUCUGCAUCUGUGGCCAAGCCAUGCAUGACAUUCAUGAGGCCCAAGAGCUUGUGAAGGAAGGUGAAGUGAUCCUCUCAGCCACUUCCUGGGAGCUCUGUGAGCAGCACCAGCUUAUGACCAAGCAUCUUGGAGACAACGGGUUUGUGAAGGUUGCAGGCAUGGAGCAGAUGUCUUGGUCUGAAUGCCAAGACACUUUAUGCAAGCUUGCAGGAAGGCCAACAAACCACUGCUUGGAAGGGCAAGUGCUCAACACCUCUGGAAGCACCGGUGCUGACCAGGGGAAGCAGCUCCUCCUCCUCACCUCUCCCCAACCCGCUGCAGAGAGCAACCAUGGCCACUGAGACAGCGUGGAGCUGCACCAUCUGCUGGGCUGCUCAGAAGACUGUCACCUUUGUGCACCCCUGACAGCACCAGUUCUAUUUGGGCUGCAUCCUGCGGUGGGCUGAAAGGACAUCCAUCUACUUGCCCACUCUGCAGAGGCCAGAUGGGAGAUAAAGUUUCCUAAGGAGCUGCUCAGCCUGGUGACAGAGCUUUGGGAAGAGGUGUCCAGGCUGAGGAGCAUCAGGGAGUCAGAGGAGACUGACUAGUGCACUCGCACUGUACCAUCCCUGAGGCAGGUGCAGAAGCCAACCAUGGCACUAGAAACAAAAGAUCCCCUGCCCUCUUGCCAGCAGGCUGAAAGGGAAGAUCCAGGAGACAGGGGAGAAUGGAAACUGCUUGGGGCUGCUGGGUGAUAUGUCCUCAGCCUGCCCCCCUGCAGGCAAAAAUAUAGAAUGGAACAGGCAGGUCCAACUGAUGAACGCAUGGCUCCGAGACUAGUGUAAUUGGCAGAGCUUUGGGUUUUUUGACCACAGGAUGGUCUGUUCUUCACCAUGUCUACUGACAUCCGAUGGGAUGCACAUCCCUCAGAAGGGAAAAAGGGUUUUUGCUCAGGGCUUAGCCGGGCUGAUUGACAGGGCUUUACACUAGAUUGGAAGGGGGAAGGGGGCAGGACCAGGUCAGUCAGUGAUGAGCAGUGGGAUGGCACACCAAAGCUCAAGGAGCUGCAUGACAGUGAGAUUCCUCAGUGUAGCACUAGGUGAAGCUUACAACCAAACACACCUGAAGUGCUUCUACACUAGUGUGCGCAGUAUGAGGAAAAAGCAAGAUGAACUAGAUCCUUGGCCCACUCCCACUCCCAUCAUUGGCAUUAUUGAAACCUAGUGGGAUGAAUCCUGUGACUGGUGAACCAUGAAGGACAGCUACAGGUUAUCCAGAAGGGACAGACAGGGCAGGAGAGGCUGGGGAUGGGGGCACUCUAUGUAGCAGAGUGGCUGGAAUGCAUGGAGCUGACAGUUGACGAUGGCAAAGGUGAAAGCCUCCGGGUAAGGCUUAAGGGUCAGAAAAAUAAAGCGGAUGUCAUUGUGGGAGUCUACUAUAGGCCACCCAGCCAGGGCGACAACACUGGUGAAUUAUUCUUUAAAGAACUAAGCGAAGUCUUAGUGUGGAUUGCUAAGACUUAGUUUUAAAUAAUCAUUGUCAAUAGAUGAUGCCCUUACUGGUUGAUUUCUCCACAAGGAGUAUGGCUUCUUUCUGUGAAGAGCCAAAUUAGGCAGAGAGCAAAGGCAUGAGAAGUUUGCACAUCAAGAAUAAUGAUUAGGAGACACUUUGAUGGCACCUGGACGUGAAUCCACACAAAAGCCCCUAAAGUCAACAGCAAUGACUCCACAGUUGCAUUAGACUACAUAAAUCUGAGAUAAUACACAAUAAGCUUGCUUUCCUUUAGAGAUGUAGAAUAUAACUAUAAGCUGCAAAAACCCACACCACUUAGGAAACCGGAUCCAUGUCACAUGAUGAACUUCACUGGCACAGCAAGCACAGAAGCUCUCCUGGAGUAACCUAGUGCAGUAUAACCACUUUCUGCACACUGACAUGUUAGACCGUAACUCCCCACUGCACCGCAGCAUCAGGCUUUAAAAGUUUCUGUCAAUAAUUGUUGCCAUUGCAUAAAUCAUACAAAAUCCAGGUUAUGCCCUCAGGCAGCCUGGCAGUCCAAGAAACUGUUUAAAAUUGGUUACAGUGCUCCUGAGUACGUUUCUACUUCCCCCUUGAUACAAGCCUUCAUCAUCAUACAAGUCAGCUGAUCCACUGACUCAUCUUUUCACUUCAUCUAGUUUUUUUUUGGUUUUUUUUUUUGGUAAAAUGAUCAGCUUUAAGUCGAAAAGUACUUCAGACCAUAACUUAUCCUACACUACUUUCAAAUUGUGGGUGCAAGGCACCUAAAAACAACCCAGACAACUACUUGAACAUAAUAGUAACACACCACUGAACGAGUAGAACUCGUACUUCUAGAUGAAAGGGUUUUUUUUUUUAAUGCAACACUGUAAAUAUUCUUGAAAAAUUUUGAAUGUACAGCAACCGAUAUGGAAGAAACACAAACAGCAAAACAUUUUGGAAGGUGCCUACAUGAAGCAAUGAUGCCUACUUAAAUCUGGUUUUUAAAGCUUGACUGGUACGUGCUAAAAUUCAGCAAAAAGCUAAGCAAUAUAAAGUAUCUCUGGUCACACAUUUGGUUACAUAAUAUUAAAAGUUUAUAUCUCAUCAUUAGAGAACACCAGUUGGAUUUGUCUUUCUAGCUCAUUCCAUCUUAACUGUCUGUCUACAGAACUGACGUGAAAAGAUGCUGUAGGUCCCUAAUAAUUCCUGGAACCUGUAGUCCCAUACUUAGAUUUAUACCUCAGCAGGAACAGCUUUAUGAGUAUUACUGCCUACACUGCUAACAUGCUGAGCAAAGAGCCAGUAACCACACUAUCUUGCCGAAACGUGAGUUCUUCCAGUGACCUGGAAGCACAGCUACUUAUGAACAGCAGUGAACCUGCACACUUCAUGAGGUACAGCAACAGAAGUAAUGAUCAAGUGUCAGGUGGUAGAUUAACUAUAACGUGUUGGAAUACAAGCUGACUAUUAAAAUAAUUAUUCAAAGCUUUUUUUGAAGAAUAAUGGUCCCCGCACCCCCAUGCAAACAAAACAAUCAGACCACAUUCAUAUAUUAAUUUUUAUUUUCCCAUACAAUAUUCACAGGGUCUGCUUUUUGUCUUACUCAAACUAAAUUUUAUUUUUUUCCGCAAACUAAAACAAGAACUGACAUUUCAGGACAUGAAAAGUAGUUCCGUAAACAAAAAACAUCCAAGGAAGAGCUGAAACCCAGGGCUAUUAUCUAUUAAAAACACAGUUAUAUCCCCAUUAACGCAGGGUGCUUACUUGUAUCACACCAAAAGUCAUAAUGCAUUUCUUCACCCACUGCGUGUUAGCAUGUGUUUUAUUAUACCCUAUUCAGUCACUUAAAAACUAUAUACAGCUAUGUUUAAAUGUGUAUUUGUGCCAUGUUUUUAAUAACACAAAAAUAAAGGCAUUUUUAAGCUAUUGCUGCAUAUUAUGCAGCAGGAUACCAGAGCACUGGAUCAGAUACCUAACUUCAAUGCAAAAGUCAAGCCCACUAAACCUCUGCAGUGGGAGUAAUAUUGAGCUGAACAGUCCCACUUCACACACUCAAACAUUAUGAAAGAAUAAAGAGACGUGUAUGUGAUGGCCAAUCAUUAUCUGUUUUACCCUAUCGUUUACCAAUUUUGACAGUACACAGAAAACUCAGUGGAAAAAAAAGCCCAAUGUGUUUCAAUCUUUGAAAGAAAUGCUUUUGUUGUGAUAAAAGCUACACAAGUGAUAUUCAAACUCCAGAAGAUAAUAGUGGACACUAUCAAAAUUAAGUCAUGUUUUCAUCUGACACUUGCACCCAAAGUGUACCACUUACUUCAUUAUUGUGUGCAAUGUAACACAAAAAUUACUGAUAUCAAUUGCUGAAACACAAGAAUAAAGCAUGUAGGUACAAUGAAAACACUGUGUGCAGUUGCAGAUUGUAUCACAAGAAGAAAGCACUGGGUUUUUCUUGUCUUCUGAUCUUUGUGAGUUUAACUAUUUCUGGGAAGCCUGCAUCCCCAAAUGUGACUGCAGUAUUUAACAAUCACUACAGGAGAGAAAAACAUUACAUAUAGUCCUGAAUUUCACAAAUACUAAGCUUUUUAAUAUCCCCGCGACCUUUCAAAUAAUUUUGGAGCCGUUUGAGGUUUUUCUUCUAUUU